UGAAGAGAGACGUGUCCGUACGUCAGUCAUCCAAAAAGUCAAUUUUCUUCUGAAUAGAAUUGUUGGGACUGAUGUAUGAAAAUAUAGUUGUUGUGAAUUAUUAGGAUAGUUGAUAGUAUUAUCAGCCCUAAACAUGACGCAGACAACAACUGCGAGACAGGGCAAUGGCAGUGAUAAAGGAAUAUUCUCUAACACGGCCGGCUUUAGCACUCUGAUUACUGUUACGGUAUUGUCAUUGGCUUGGCUGGCCGGUUUCGCAUCCCGGCUAUUUGCUGUAAUACGGUUCGAAAGUAUAAUUCACGAGUUUGACCCAUGGUUCAACUACCGAUCCACGGCGUACAUGGUGGAGCAUGGGUUUUACAACUUCCUCAACUGGUUCGACGAGCGCGCCUGGUACCCACUGGGUCGUAUCGUCGGCGGCACUGUGUACCCUGGUCUUAUGAUCACAUCAGGCACAAUUCACUGGAUCCUCCACACCCUAAACAUUCCCAUACACAUUAGGGAUAUCUGUGUGUUCCUCGCACCUGUGUUCAGUGGCUUGACUGCCAUUGCAACAUACUUGCUGACAUCUGAACUAUGGUCUCGUGGAGCUGGUCUGUUUGCUGCCUGCUUUAUAGCCAUAAUACCCGGCUACAGUAGUCGCUCAGUAGCUGGGAGCUAUGACAACGAGGGUAUUGCCAUAUUUGCUCUGCAGUUCACUUACUACUUAUGGCUGAAGAGUUUGAAGAAUGGAUCAGUUUUCUGGUCUAUUUGCACAGCCCUGUCAUACUUUUACAUGGUGUCAGCAUGGGGUGGCUACGUAUUCAUUAUCAACUUGAUCCCUCUGCAUGUGUUCCUGCUCCUGAUAAUGGGACGGUUCUCCCAGCGGUUGUUUGUGAGCUACACCGUAUUCUACAUUGUAGGACUGCUCAUGUCUAUGCAGAUCCCCUUCGUUGGAUUCCAGCCGAUCCGGACUAGCGAACAUAUGGCGGCUUCUGGUGUAUUCGCGUUGCUGAUGGCAAUUGGUGCACUGAAGUACCUGCACAGUUUGAACCCCAAGGGUCAGUGGAAGCAGCUGCUGAUCCUGGGCGGUCUGGCUGCUGCCGGGGCCGUGUUCCUGGCUGUCGUGUUGCUGACAUACGCUGGAGUCAUCGCGCCUUGGAGUGGCAGAUUCUACUCUCUAUGGGACACGACGUACGCAAAGAUCCACAUUCCUAUCAUCGCGUCAGUGUCAGAACAUCAACCUACGACCUGGUCAUCAUUCUUCUUCGACCUUCACGUCCUCGUGUGCACCUUCCCUGUCGGCCUGUGGUAUUGCAUCAAGCAUAUCAAUGAUGAGAGAGUUUUUGUGGCCCUAUACGCUUUGAGUGCGGUGUACUUCGCUGGUGUGAUGGUCCGAUUGAUGCUGACCCUGACGCCCGUGGUUUGUGUACUGGCAGGCAUUGCGUUCUCCAUACUUUGUGACCUCGUCCUCAGGGAGGAGGAACUGCCCACUCAACAAGACGAAACUGAAGAGUCCAAGAGUUUGUAUGACAAGGCCGGUAAACUAAAGAAGCGUACGCACGAGCAGCCCGCGCCAGUGGACCCUGGACUCGGCAUGAACGUCCGCUCCGUGACGUUGAUACUGAUCAUGAUACUGCUCAUGCUGUUCUCCGUGCACUGCACCUGGGCCACCUCUAAUGCGUACUCCAGUCCUAGUAUUGUGCUCGCUAGCUACGGAAAUGAUGGAACUCGUAAAAUCCUGGACGACUUCAGAGAAGCUUAUGGCUGGUUGUCGCAGAACACUGCUGAAGACGCGAGGGUCAUGUCGUGGUGGGAUUAUGGAUAUCAGAUCGCGGGCAUGGGUAACCGGACGACGUUAGUAGACAACAACACAUGGAAUAAUUCCCACAUAGCGCUCGUGGGCAAGGCUAUGGCCAGUAACGAGUCAGCUGCCUAUGACAUAAUGACUAUGUUGGACGUGGACUACGUGCUGGUGAUAUUCGGCGGAGCUAUCGGAUACUCCGGCGAUGACAUCAACAAGUUCAUCUGGAUGGUCCGUAUCGCUGAAGGAGAACAUCCCAAGGAUAUUCAUGAAGCUGAUUACUUCACAGAGCGAGGCGAAUACAGGGUCGACUCGGAAGCGUCGAAAACUAUGUUGAACUGUCUAAUGUACAAACUAUCAUAUUAUAGAUACGACAGUGGCGGUAGUCCGCCAGGCUACGACAGGACACGCGGGGCGUUGCCAGGCAACCGCGGCUUCAAACUCACUUACCUAGAGGAAGCUUACACUACUGAACACUGGCUGGUCCGGAUAUACAGAGUGAAAAAACCAGAUGAGUUCAACCGUCCACGCUUGCCGCUUGCAAAACGAACAGUCCCGACUAGCAACACUAUAUCUAAAAAGCAUGCCUUAGGAGGCGGACCGAUGACAACUAAAAGACGAAAAGGCAUGCUGAAAAACAAACCGACGGUCGUGAAGGGUAAGAAGGCGGUGAAGUUGGAGUGACGCAGCGUGCGAGGCCGGCGGCGCGCGCGCCGGGCCCGCCGCCUGCGCAGCUAGUGCCGCCGCAGUGGCGCCGCGCCGUGUUUUGUGCACACGCCUGUCUGCCACCACUGUAUGGACAACUUGCUGCACGCCCUCGCACUACUACAAGAAGAUAAUGACUCGCUCGCACAGUGAACUGUUCCUGUGGCUCUACUGCAAGUAAGAUUUCACGUCAUUCUCUCUUGGCAUAAUAAUGAAUUGAACAUUCUAUAAAACUGAUGUAUUACUCGUUUCAUUUUUUCUCUCUUCACUAUUCUUGUGCAAUUUAGGUUUCUCGCAUAAGUAUUGUUUGUAUAUAUAGUAUUGUUUUUCAAGUGAAAUCUUACGUGUAUUAGAAUUAUCUUCCAUUGAAGGCCUAAAGUUUGCGACAAUAGAUAUUGAAUAUUGUUCCAUUAAUACCAAGUUACUAUUAUCGUCGUUUCAUAUUGACCUUAUUAUCCGAUCCUGUUGCCCUCGUUGGCCUAUUUAAAAAUUGCUGUCGUAAUUUCCCCAUUUGAUAUCUUAAUAAUAUUCAAUAUUUUUGUGUAGGUGUUCGCGUGAGUUUUUCAUACAAGUAAUUCUUCUUAUAGGUAUGUGUGUGAAAUAUUUGUGUAUGUGAUCGUAGUGGCAUACAAGACACGGAGCCGCCACUGACGUUUUUUAAACUGACGAUGACUGACACCAAUAUAUAUUGUAUUUUAGUCCAUUAGAUAAAAAAAUGUUUCUAUAAAAUAUUUAGUUCGUUCUAGCACUGGGUAGAUUGGUGUUUAAAAUAAGUGUUGAUUUUUCUCAUAAAUACUUAGAAAAUGCAAUAAUUCUAAUAAAGAAAAUUAUUAAUAGUACAGAAGUAAUAUAUUUGUUUAUGUACGAAGAAAGUGGGAUCUGUAAAUAUGCUUCAUUUACUUUGUAUUUGAAAUUAUAUUGUAUUCCGUAUUUAAUAAUAUUGUGUGGCAAUACUGCGACUUACGUUUGUGUUAGUCGUGUAUGAUAAUGUAUAGUGUAUCGCUGACUAUUUGUGUAUUGGAAGUAAUUACAAUAAUGUGUCGUAACUGAAUAAAUAUACAUGUAAAUUAGACAGCAUAAUGUCCCCUCAUUUCUCGAGAUUCGUUUAGUCCGUAGUACAUGAAUAAUUUCGAGUAAAUAUUACUAUUCUGUCAAUUUUAAUAGAUUGUGUAAUUGUGUUAAGGUAAUGGCUAUAUAUGAAUAUGAUUUCGUAGUCAAGUAUCCUCAGUCGUGACUUUAUUAUGUAGAGCGCGGGAGUCGCUCCGUCGUGAGAGCUGUGCAAUGUGUUCGCGACACAAUAACAGAGUAAAUCUGAAUUAUAAUUGUAAUUGCUACGUCCAUUUGUAUAAUAAUUGAAUUUAUAUUUAGCGCUAUUUGUCCUACUGUCCGUAUCUUAAUUUUUCAAGUAAUUUAUUAAAUUCUUAUAAUAAUGAUAAUGUUGCCUCGCUACACUUCAGUACUUACACCGUUUUAUUGUAACACCUAGUCAACAAGGAUGCAUUUGUUGUGUCUUGUUGUACGUGUCGUAACUAUAAAUAUAACCAAAGUCUGUAUUGUUCUGAUGGAAACUAGUGGACAUUCCCUAGUAAUGUUAUUCAUGAAAUACUUUUGUAAGUUUACAACUUUACUUGUAGUGUUGUGUUCUGCAUUUAUUUUGUAUAUCUACAGUGUUCAUGUUUACCUAGGCACCAGAGACUGAAAACAGCACAAUAGUUACAUUUUCUUGAAGCUAAAUACUCCUUUAUGCUCUGCUAUUACAAACUCAUUAUUAUAAUUACGUGUUUGCCAUUCUUCUUGCAUUUAUUUCAUUGCAACACUACACCUAAGUUGUAAACGUUAAAGUGUAAAAUUGGCAUGCAAAUAUAUCAAAAUAUUGUAAAUUGUAAUUCAAUAGUGAUUGAUUAUAAUUCCGUGGGUGUUAAUGUGUUAAUAUUUUUAUUUUAUUUUUUGUUGUCCAUCUAUUGUUUUGCGUAAUUGUAACAGAGUUUUAUCGAUCUGUAGAUAAGAUUCAUUGUGAUAACAAUGUUCUUAAUAAACGGAUGGAGACGACAAUGUUGGUUUUA